GUGUAGCGUUGCCAUGGCGAGGGUGCGGCGCCGGGCCCGCCCCUACGGCGCCUGGAGAAGUGCGGGGUUGACUGGCCGGUGGACUGGAUCCGGUCCACUGUGCGAGGCGAAAGGCCCCUGGAGCCACUUGCUGUCUGUGGCCUGGCCACCCACCCAGGACUCCUACAGAGGGGACGCCCCCCUGAAGACAGCCGCCGAACCAGCUGUGCGUGCGGUGCCCUGGACGCCCAGUACACACCCUGCUCUGGCCUUGCUGGCUGAGGCGCCCGCCCUCCUGCCGCACCUCCUUGCCAGGGCCCCACACACUGACCCUGGGAGGCAGGCAGGAGGAGGCGGAAGGCAGGGAAGGCGGGCCCAUGGCUGCUCUCUUGCCCCACCUGGGCUCCUGAGGCCUGGAAGGAGAGGGUCCUUCUAUUACUCCCAGGGCCCUCUCUGCCCAUUGCCCUGCCCUCCCUGCCCCUUCGGCAACGUGCCAGGAAGCUGCAACUUUAUCGUCGGGACAACUAGCUACAGACCCUGGACUGAGACGGACAGGCCCUGCGGCUCCUUGCCGGCUGUGCACCCUGACCCCAGGAGGGAGGGCGGGAGGCCCUGCCCUUGAGCAGCCAAGCUGCCAGGGCUCCCUCACUGCCCUUUCUCCCAGGAGCCUGUGCCCGUCAGGCUGCUCAGCCCUGGGCCUGGUCACGGAGUGGAACCUCCUGACCCAGCCUUGCCAGGGGCAGAGGGCACCAAGCCUUGAGGGGAUGCCCCCAAGGGUGCCAGUCCAGCCAGCUGCCCCGCCCCUCAGGCCCAGCCUGGCCCCCUCACUCCCCUGUCUGGUGCCCAGAGUAGCCCCCCCGGCAGGCAGCCCCCGCCAUGGCCGAGCACCUGGAACUGCUGGCAGAGAUGCCCAUGGUGGGCAGGAUGAGCACUCAGGAGCGGCUGAAGCACGCCCAGAAGCGCCGAGCCCAGCAGGUGAAGAUGUGGGCCCAGGCUGAAAAGGAGGCCCAGGGCAGGGAGGGCCGCAGGGAGCGGCCGUGGAAGGAGGCAGCUGCAGGCAGGCCUCAGAAGCGGGUCCUCUUCCCUCCCAGUGUCACCCUGCUUGAGGCUGCUGCCCGAAACGACCUGGAAGAAGUCCACCAGUUCCUUGAGGAUGGGGUCAGCCCUGACCUGGCCAAUGAGGAUGGUCUGACAGCCCUGCACCAGGUCAGUGCUGUGGGGGAGGGAGGGGGGCAGCUGCGGGCUGGCCUGGGGCUCAGGCUGCAUGGUUUGCAGAGCUGCAUUGACGACUUCCGGGAGAUGGCACAGCAGCUCCUAGAGGCCGGGGCCACAGUCAACGCCCAUGACAGUGAGUGCUGGACACCCCUGCACGCCGCAGCCACCUGUGGCCACCUGCACCUGGUGGAGAUGCUCAUUGCCCGGGGUGCUGACCUCUUGGCGGUCAACACAGAUGGGAACAUGCCCUAUGACCUGUGUGAGGACGAGCAGACGCUGGACUGUCUUGAGACGGCCAUGGCUGACCGAGGCAUCACCCAGGACAGCAUUGAGGCAGCCCGGGCCUUGCCAGAGCUGCACCUGCUGGAGGACAUCCGGAGCCUGCUGCAGACAGGGGCGGACCUGGAUGCCCCUGGGGACCAUGGGGCCACGCUGCUGCAUGUCGCUGCUGCCAAUGGAUUCAGUGAGGCGGCUGCCCUGCUGUUGGAACACGGGGCCAGUCUGAGCACCAAGGACCGAGACGGCUGGGAGCCGCUGCACGCUGCGGCCUACUGGGGCCAGGUGCACCUGGUGGAGCUGCUGGUGGCACAUGGUGCCGACCUCAACGGGAAGUCCCUGAUGGAGGAGACGCCUCUUGACGUGUGCGGUGAUGAGGAGGUGCGAGCCAAGCUGCUGGAGCUGAAGCACAAGCACGAGGCGCUCUUGCGCGCCCAAGGUCGCCAGCGCUCGCUGCCGCGCCGCCGCGCCUCCAGCGCUGGCAGCCGGGGGAAGGUGGUGAGGCGGGUGAGUCUGACCCAGCGCACCAGCCUGUACCGCAAGGAGCACGCCCAGGAGGCCAUCGUGUGGCAACAGCCACCUCCCACCAGCCCAGAGCCUCCUGAGGAGGAUGAGGAUGGCCAGACAGACACUGAACUCAGGCCACCACCCCCCGAGGAGGACAACUCUGAGGUGUCCAGGCCACACAACGGCCGCGUGGGUGGCCCCUCGGGACGGCACCUGUACUCCAAGCGGCUGGACCGGAGUGUCUCCUACCAGCUGAGCCCCCUGGAGAGCACAGCCCCUGACACCCUGGGCCGGGCCAAGGCCCACCACACCCUGGCGGAGCUCAAGCGUCAGCGAGCGGCUGCUAAGCUGCAGCGCCCCGUGCCUGACGGGCCCGAGGCCCCUGGGUCCCAACUGCCUGCGGAGGCCGAGGCACCCCUGCCCGAGUGUGGCUCCAGGGCUGUGGGAGACCCGCCCCUGCUCAGGCUCACAGCCCCCUCAGAGGAGGCCCCCGUGGAGAAGAAGCCCUGCUGCCUGCUCAUGUGAGGGGCAGGUGCCCAAACCCUGACCUGCACCUUGGGGACGGGCAGCCAGUGCUGGGCCUCCCCGGGCCCCCACCCAGGACUCUGCCUCCUCACCCAGGAACAGUCCUGUGGCAGAAGCAACAUCUGGAGGCACCUGCCGCCACAGACCUUGUUUCACUCUUGAUAAAAAGCCCUUCUGCCA